AUGUCAAAACUCGAUUUCUGGUUUUUUCCGACACACGGGCUUGAUACUUUACCAGACUUUGUCUCACGCCAAUAUGCGGACGCCGCAAUACACUGCGGAGAUCUCACUACAGAAUCACAAAUUGACGAGUAUAAAGCCUCGAUUCGCUUCUUACGAGCUAUCAAUUCCCCUCUUAAACUUGUGAUCGCCGGCAACUAUGACUUUACUAUGGACAUUCCGAUUUUCCAGAGAAAAGCGGCAGAAGCCCAGCCCUUGGACCCUCAACUAAUUCGGAAAUUUUAUGGCAACUACGGAGAAGUUCGCGAGUUAUUUGGUGACGAGAAAGAAACGGGUAUCACUUUCCUAGAUGAAGGUAUCCACUCGUUUCGCUUACAAAAUCGUGCUCUAUUGAAUGUUUACGCUAGCCCAUACACCCCGUCGUGUGGCGAUUGGGGCUUUCAGUAUCAUCUGGAUCUCGGGCAUGACUUUAAAAUUGGGAAUGUCGAUAUUGUGAUGACACAUGGGCCGCCAAAGGGUAUCAUGGACCGCACCCACUCUGGCCAGCGUGCCGGCUGCCAACAUCUUUUCAAGGUUAUAGCUCGAUCCCAAGAUCGACCCUUGAUGCAUUGUUUUGGCCAUAUCCAUGAAGGGUGGGGUGGCAAGCUUUGUGUUCUCAUAUCCACACUGUCCAUGAUCAAACGUAAAGGAGAUCCUACAGGUUGUUUUCGCACAAGCCAUUGCUCUGAGGAUCCACAUCCGCUGAAACGAGGUUCUGAGACACUUUUUAUCAACGCCGCCAUGGAGAGCUCCCAGGACCUUUUGGUACAACCGCCGUGGGUUGUCGAUAUCGAGCUUCCAGCAGCAGUCUGA